AUGGAUCUGAGAUUGAAGAAUGAUAAGAGAGAAAUUAUAUAUGGGGAUCGUCUCCUUGAAGAGAAACCACGAGAGAGAUUCAACUUGGAUGGUCAUGUUCCUCCUGUUGGUUGUUUUGCCUAUGUGUUACAUGACAACGUUGAGAACGUGAUAUGUCACCCAUCAGAUCUCGAAUCCCCGGAUUUGAACAGUCCCAUAACGGUCGGUUUCAAGGUUUACGGGAUACAUGAGGAAUUGGGGAAAUGGGUAGAGGUUAACUCAGUGGGAGACAAUGCGUUUCUGGUGGCUACAGACUAUGGUUUCUCCGUUUUGGCUAAUGAGUUCUACGGUUGCUUGGGAAAUUCUAUAUACUUCACCAAUAAAGAAUGUGAGAUUCAGGUGUUCAAGCUAGUGAUGGUAGUAUCACAAGAAUAA